AUGAAAGCCGUUGUUGUUGCAGUCAUCCUGUCUACCACUAUUGGCUCGGCCAGCUACGUGAGAGCGCCAACACCCGCAGGUACUCUCACGAUCCCCAUCCCUUCUCAGGGGACAGCCUUCACGAGCACUGUUCCAGGAUGCGGAAUCGUUGAACCUUUCGUCGUUGUUGGCAUUCCAAAUGGGACAUUCUUUCCGGGCACCCAAACCUUCUUCAUUCCACCGCAGGCUUCCCCAACGUCCUCCACAUUUAUCAACACCCAGCUCAAUGCUACUGAAGUUAUCAUUCUGGCCACGCUACUUGGAUCUUGUGAGCCAUAUCUUCCACCUAGCACUUCGACGAGCGGAGCACCGUCAUCCACUGGUGGGCCCGAUCCAGGGAUCUGCGAUUUGCAGGGCUGCUCCAAGAUCGUGAACGACGUGGCGCAGGAGAUCAUUGACGCUCUCAACCAAGUGACAGUCCUGUCGCAGCAGCUGCAAGACGCCGCCAAGUCCAUCGGGCUCAAGAGAAGUUCGGAGAUUCAAAGCCGGGCCCUGACUGACCUACUCGAUGGUCUUCGCAGAGUCCCGCUAUUACUAACAUCCGUGCUACCUGUCAUCCAAUUUGCUAGCCCCAUUCCUGAGGGAUGCGACAGUGAUACCAUUGUCGUCGCGCUCAUCGACUUCGUUCGCGUACACCAGGCCCUGCUGGAGAUUCUCAUUGGGCGCUCGAGCCUGCUCAGCUCCGGGUCAUUCGGCUUUGGCGGGUUCAACGCGCUCCCGGGUCAGGAGGCCACAGUACCCCAGGUCCGUGCUGUUCAGCCUGGAAAGCCAGCAGUCGAGCGAUUCCCGAAUCCGUUGGGCAUUGCAGUCGCGGCGGUAUUGCGCUCUAUCGAAUCAGUCGUCGACAACAUUGCGUUUGGCUUGAUCGGCUUGAUCCCCACAAGGGAUGCGUGCUUGAAACAGCAGAAGUUUAGCAUCGACAAGACCUUGGACGAUGCUAUUGGGGCAUACUCAAGUUGA